UAUGUUUCUAUAGGAGCUUGUGUUGAUUUAGACCUUGGAAUGGGUAGUGGAACAAUUUCCGACAGUAACAUAACUGCUGAUUCUGAACAAAGUGCCAGCACACCAGCCAAAAAUGGUCGCCUGAACUACACAUCAGGAUCAUCAUGGUGUGCAGGAACAAGUGACACCAACCCAUAUCAACAGAUUGAUCUACAAACACUGCAUAUCAUCUGUGCUGUGUCCACUCAAGGAAAUUCUCAAGCAGAUCAGUGGGUGAAAAGUUACACACUGCAAUUAUCUACAGAUGGAACAACUUGGACAGACUACAAGGAAGGUGGCCAAAUCAAGGUAUAUUGGAAAUAG